CCCAAGGGCCACUUCCCCCGCUCUCUCCUCUUUCUCUCUCCUCUCUUUCUUUUUGUUCUCUCUCUGUUGUCUGUAUUGUUGCCAUGCACCAAGCACUUCCGUACCGGACAUGGGUUCCGACCACCGGCGGCGGAAGCUCCGCCGGACUGUCAAGCGCGACAAUUGAGCCGAGUGACGGCCCCAUGAACCCUGGAGUGGGAAUGAAGGAUGUGACUUGUGUGACGAAAAUGGUGUCAGAGAACGCAGUGAUUGUGUUCGGGAGACGUGGGUGUUGCAUGUGCCAUGUGGUGAUGCGGCUGCUGUUGGGUCUGGGUGUGAACCCUACUGUGUUCGAGGUUGACGAGGAGGAUGAAGCUGCCGUGGUCGACGAAUUGUCGAGAGUGAUCGCCGGCGAGGAUGCGAAAGAAGGCCGGCCGCAGUUCCCGGCGGUGUUCAUGGGAGGGCAGCUGUUUGGAGGGCUGGAGAGAGUGAUGGCCACUCACAUCUCCGGUGAAUUGGUACCCAUCUUGAAAAAGGCUGGCGCUCUCUGGCUUUGAUUUCAGUUUUACCGGUUUCUUCUCAUCUGUUUUUGGUGAGGGGAAUGCAGAAUUUUGUUUUUGUUUCUUGUGUUUUUUGGAAUUGGAAAAUCGCUUUGAUAACACAGCAAAAGCUUUGGAAGCAUUGAGACGGUGUAAUAUUUGAUUUUGACCGUGUGCUUGUCAGUUUAUUUCUCAAAUAUAUCAUCAAAUUAUAUCCCUUUGUUGUGA